CUGCUGCCACCGACCCGCAGGCCCCGGGUCCGCACCCCAGGCUGGCGGCCGGGCUGUCCUGACAGCGGGGACGGACGGCCAGCUGGUUCCCUUCAGGGGCACGCGCCUCCCCCUGCACCCACCCCUGUAACCCGAGCUGCUCACAGCGCCUCCCCGCGCAGCCCCACUGGGCGCUAGGCCCCGACAGCGAGUCCGCAGGCGCCAUGGGCCUCGGGGCCUGCAUGUCCUUGGCGGCGUCGGGGGCCCGAGCCCAGGCUCGCCGGCUGGAAGCCGUGCUGGGCGCCCUGUGCCUGCUGCCGGUGCUCCUGCUGCUGGCCCGGCUCGGGGCCCCGGCGGCCCGGCUGGGGGCCAGCGCGGCGCAGGGAGACAUCGCCGCACCCUACCCCGCUGGUGUCUUCGCCACCCCAGGACCCGGUCCUCUGCCCCUCCAGGGGCCCCGCAGACGCCGCUACACGCUGACCCCAGCCAGGCUGCGCUGGGACCACUUCAACCUCACCUACAGGAUCCUCUCCUUCCCACGGAACCUGCUGAGCCCCAGGGAGACCCGGCGGGGCCUGGCCACCGCCUUCCGCAUGUGGAGUGACGUGUCCCCCUUCAGCUUCCGAGAGGUGGCCCCUGAGCAGCCCAGCGACCUCCGCAUAGGCUUCUACCCGGUCAACCACACGGAUUGCCUGGUCUCCGCACUGCACCACUGCUUUGAUGGCCCAACAGGCGAGCUGGCUCAUGCCUUCUUCCCUCCGCACGGCGGCAUCCACUUUGAUGACAGCGAAUACUGGGUCCUGGGCCCCACGCGCUACAGCUGGAAGAAAGGCGUUUGGCUCACCGACCUGGUGCACGUGGCGGCCCACGAGAUUGGCCACGCGCUGGGCCUGAUGCACUCGCAGCAUGGCCGGGCGCUCAUGCACCUCAAUGCCACUCUGCGUGGCUGGAAGACGCUGUCACAGGACGAGCUGUGGGGGCUGCACCGACUCUACGGCUGCCUGGACCGGCUGUUCGUGUGCACAUCCUGGGCUCGGAGGGGCUUCUGUGACACCCGCCGGAGGCUUAUGAAGAGGCUCUGCCCCAGCAGUUGUGACUUCUGCUACGAGUUUCCCUUCCCCACGGUGGCCGCCACUGCACCACCACCCAGGACCAAGACCAGGCUGGUGCCUGAGGGCCGGAAUGUGACCUUCCGCUGUGGCCAGAAGAUCCUCCACAAGAAAGGCAAAGUGUACUGGUACAAGGACCAGGAACCCCUGGAGUUCUCCUACCCUGGCUACCUGGCGCUGGGCGAGGCACACCUGAGCAUCAUCGCCAAUGCCAUCAACGAGGGCACGUACACGUGUGUGGUGCGCCGGCGGCAGCGUGUGCUCAGCACCUACUCCUGGCGAGUCCGAGUGCGGGGCUGAGCGCCCUGCGGGGCUGAGGCUGCUGAUAAAGCACUUUCUCAAUGAAGUCUGCGCACCCUUUCUUGGGAG